AUCAGUGUGUCUCUCGGCCCUCGGGUGUCCGGACAGCGGAACAUGGACCGCCAGUGCCGCAAAAUUCUCGCAACAGCCCGCGAUCAAUAAUUUAUUGUUUAAAAAGUAAUACGCGACACAGGUCCCUCGUCGAGCGGCGAGAAUCGCUCAUCUGAACUCGGGAUAACGUCGCGAUAAAUAACCGAGCGGCGGAAAUGCUGCCGGACGAGGAGUAGCUCGAUUAAAAUGCGAUUCACUGCGGAUGACAGCCGUGCGCCAAAGAGGUGGAUCAAGAUGAAUUAAUAAUCAUGCCUCAUGGCUGGCAGUAGUGGCGGUAGGAUCAAGCAAGAUGGAUCAUUGGUUCGAGCAAGAUUGAGUCUGUCACCUACUGGCCACAGUCGUUUGUACCGUAAAUAUAAGACGAUUAAAAGUAGAUGCAACGAUCAUAGAGAUAAACAGGAAUCAAAACUUCUUUAUCUGCGACACAUAAAUUUAUUACAGCAAGACGUAGAGAGAAUAUUUAACGAAUCCCUAUACUGCGAUCUGAAAAUCAUACACAAAUACCAAGAAAUACAUACAAAUCAAUGCAUCGUUAGGGUCAGAGCACCAUGCUUCUAUGAUGUUAUCAAGCCAUAUUUUUCAGUUCAAACUAAGACAGCACACUGUUACGUUAAACAAUUUGGAACUUACCUACACAUCAAACAUUUUGUGAGACUCUUGCAUACAAAUAGGGAUGUGUCAGAAUAUGAAAAAUACGUUAUUCAGCUCAUUUUAAUCUCACAACAAAGAAAGCAUACAUACGACAAAGCUAUAAACUUCUACAUGAACUACUGCUACGGAGAUGUGGCAACAAAGAGUUUAAAUGAUAAAAGUUCAUCAUCGUCCGAGAUGGCCGACUCCGGAUUAGAGACAGGAUCGAUGGUGAGCCCCCAAGAGACGAUUUCCGAAAACUCGAGCACCGACUUGGACGAGCCGAAUGAAGCCAAGAUACUCGCCAGGAGCGACGAUGACAUAGUCUACGCGGAAGCUUGCCUCCCAAGGAGAAAGUUCCCCGGCCCCAUCGAGUCUUCGAGAGUCCCGAGGCAAAUGAGGGAUGAGAUCUCCGAUUACGAGAAUCGCGUACUGAGCGAUCCGUUCUACGACGAAAGCGACGACGACGACGACGACGAUGGAGUGGGUUCCUACGUACCCACGAGCUCUUUCGAAUUCGAAAAGCCGAGUGCUUUAUUGCUGGCCGGCGGCAAUAGUAAAAAGAACGACGAUAAAUUAUUUCGAGCUGAUAGGAUUACGCAAAACGGGAAAAAACCGAACAUCAACAUCUCGCAGCACGUCGACAACUCGGCAUCGAGCAACUACUACUUCAUAGAUGCUUCCAGUCUGAACGACGAUCCCGAUGUGACGACGCCAGGUGCGGGGCCGCACGACGUUAACGGAAGGCUCGCUUGGCCGACUACUCAGGCACCUGUCGGUUGCUACAUUCCCACGUCGCGGUCGAAUAACUUCAUCCACAAUGACGACACCUUCAAACUAUGCAGUCGAAAAAGUCGAAACGCUCAAAACCACUACGAGGAGACGGCGGAAUUCCAGACGGAUCUCAAGCUUAACGAGUUCCUCGAGCCGCUAGCCGAGCCCAGGAAGUUGAAGAAGCAGGAGUUGGUGAACGACGAGCUGAGUAACACGAAAAGUGCUAACAAAGAGUCUCUGGUAGUAGAGAUAAAAGAAGCCGACAGUGGAGAAAGUGCGCAGCACUCGCCGUGUCCGGACAACACAAAACUCGACAACGCACAAAAGGUGCAGGAAAAACUCAGUAGGAUUGAUUCGGAGCAGCGGGAAUCCGACGAUGAAGAGGAGCAAGAGCAGGAGCAAGAGCAGGCAAAGCAAGAGGACGACCCGGAAAGGCGGCCUUCGCUUAUCAGGCGGAACACCUUCGAACUCGACGCGAACGACGAAAAGCUGUCCAGCCUCAGGCAGGAGUACGAGAGACGGCAGGGCACCCUGGUUUUCCAGAAUUCCAUCACUCAGUACUCUUCGCACCGGGUAGACGACGACUCCUUCUUCGACGUGACGGCUCAAUCGGAUUCGAUGCUAUUAGACUUAGAACCACCUCAAACGCAGCCCAUCCUCGACGUCGUCCGGAACAAGUACGAUCUAGAUAAUGCUGAAAAAGAGAGCAAAUCACUCUCGCUUGCUCGCGACGAUGCUCUUGUUCGCAGUGCCAGUGACAAGCUUCUUGCCACCAGCGAUGACGAGGAUAUCUCCUUCAGCAGCUUGCCUGUAACCAUCAACGAGGAUCUAUCAACUAUGAGCCCGGCGAGUAAGUCAAAGCUACGGCGGAACGAAGCAGCGCCGAUAGUCUCGGGUGGAGCGAGCACAGCCGACUUCCGCAAAGCUACGGACAGUCCGAUCGUCAAGCGAAAAACCGAAUCAACACCAAUCGUCUCAGGUGGCUCUAUCAUCUUGCCAGAGUUGACGAAACCCCGACCAAAGCCUACCCUGUCUUCCUCAACGACCGCCUGGGUCGUCGAUAUGAGCGAUUGCAGAUCGAACAGCAUCAGCGAGAAACCACUGACCAAGAGACGUUCUGCUGAAUCCCAAAUCAGCACCUCGGCGACAAACUUUUCGCCAUGGACUGAAGCGAACGCCAAAGAGGAGAAACAACACUCGAGUCUGGGUUACUUCGUGAACCUAGACGACAUAAAGAGUCCGAAGGAGAAACCAAAGGGCCCGUUUGGAGGAAAGCACCGACGGCGACCGAGUGACACAGGCAGUGAAAAGAAUUACUGUGAGUUUUUUGUGGAUCUCUCGGACAAUAAACCUGCUCCGGCACGCAGCAGCUCCGUCGUGAACAAGAAGAAGGAAGACGACAGUGUUAAAGCUGUGCCAAACGCGAUGGCGAUGAGUCAGCCGAGUGACAGCAAGAAGAAUAUUUUCUCCAUGUUCAUCGAGUUAGGACAAACGGAGACGACCAGCGGAAGAAGCGUCGCCAAGUCUAGCUCAUCGUCGACACUCGCGGACAAACGAUACGAGCUGACGCAGUCGAUGGAUCAAAUGGCUGCAAGUGCUACAAAUGGAGUGAGCGAGGAGAGGAAGCCAAAGUCCGGGGUGUUCAUGUUUAUCGAGUCCGAUUCUCCUAUCGUGAGGCGACGGACCUUGUCGAGUUCUCGACCUGCUUUUAAAAGACACUCCUGGAAUACAGAUAAGGUAAACGAGCUGCAGAACCAGCCGCAGACUCCGACGCAGACCACACCACAAUCGGCGACGAGUAUCGCGGCUAGCAAACGGAUGCACAAGCGAGCACAAAGCCUGUCGGUUGACAGGUGCGGUGAUCUGCGCAAGAUGCUUGGUCACAAGUCUAGUAAUUCCAGUCACUCGUUGAAUGAGAGCGCUAUGCUGCAGGAGCAACAGAAGAAGCAGGAAGAGGAACGACAGCAGCAAGAGGAGCAACAGCAAACGCAACAGCCAGACUUGAUGGAGGACUCCACCUUUGACUAUGACACAAGAGACACACCGCCGAAUUCUCACGUGGAGAUCAUGAACGACGAGUUGCUGAUGAGCUUGAAAAAUCGAAACUUCCAAGAGCUAGAUGCAAUUAACGAACAGACGAGCAAAGAGACGAGGAGGAAGUCCACACAGCAGGACGACGGAUGUUCAGAGAGCUCUGUCUGGGACAAGACGCCAACCGAAAGCACCGAGAAUAAUCAGACGCGUAAGAGCGAGACCUUCGACGUGAUCAGCAGCAGUGCCAGUGGGCCUUCUUCUGCAAGCGAUAAUCUUGAUUUCAAACUCGCCGAUCUCAUCGAUGCCACGCAACAAAAACUAGCGGUAUCGUCAAAGGUGAUGAAAAAUCAUCAAGAUAACAGACUACAUCAGCCGAGCCACGACAAAGCAACGAAAUCAAACGGUAAGGUGGGUCCUCCGGCCAGUUUUGUCAGACUAUCAGACCUCGACAAGAGGCCACACGGGUCCAGUGCAACCUCCUCGAUGAUUGUCACGACGAGCCACGAAAGCUCCUACCGCCUGAGCAACAGCGUCACCGAGACAUCGUGGAUCGAGAGUAAAUUAGUGAUGACGAGUAGGACGAACGAACCGCUGCACAGAACGCUCACGAAGAAGCUGUCGUUGAGCAUGGGCGCGGGCCCGACGAGAUCCGAUAAUUACGAUGAAUUCGGAAACGAAGCUGAUGCCGAGGCUGUUGUUUCCGAAUCGGAUAUAUCUAGUUUACAGAGUAGCAUGGGACGAUCUGGGCAAGCAGGAAGUACCGAAGAGACGGAAACUUCUACAAGUUUCGCAUUGGGCAAACCUUAUAAUAGACUGGGCGAAGAUUUACUUAGGAUGUUCCUCGAAGAAAUCAAUCCCGACGUAACGAUCGACGUCGGUGGUCGACGAAUAAGAGCGCAUAAGUGCAUAUUGAGCUCCCGCUGUCAGUACUUCGCCGCUAUUUUGAGUGGCGGUUGGAUUGAAAGUGCUGGUAACAUAAUAUCUUUGCAAGGAUACUCCUAUAAUGCGGUGCACUUUGCCCUAUGCCACAUAUACAGCGGCGAAAGUUGUAUACCAGACUCUAUAAGCAUCGUCGAAUUGGCUACUCUGGCGGAUAUGCUUUGUCUGGAAGGCCUCAAAGAAGUUAUAGGUUUUACGCUUAAAGUUAAAUAUUGUCACUUGUUUCACAAGCCGUGCAAUGGAUGUGCUGUCGGUGUUUUAGAAUGCAUGCCUUUAGCUGCUGCGUAUGGAUUAGAUGAAGUUUAUAGAAAAUCUCUUAGGUGGGUAACGCGACAUUUCGUAAGGAUAUGGCCAUGCAAGGAAUUUGCAACUCUACCUCGGGAAUUGAUGGACAAAUGUUAUCACCAGCACAUAGUUCAUAUGUGCGCAGAUAACGUACUACAAACCAUCAUGGACUGCGACAAACUCUUGACUACGUUACCGAACGUACGAUGGGCCGAACCAGUUUUCCGACUAGCAUCAAAUCUCCUUGACGCAUCCAUGAAAUAUUUGACUGACAAUUUCGCUAGUGUGCUCGGAAACGAAAGCUUCCAAGGACUUGACCGAGAGCUUACGUGGAAUAUAAGUCGACUAGAAGACCAUCUUCUGGCAGCUGCCGAACGAUUGCCACCCGAACAAGCUUGCAAGAGUUACGCGAAACUUGACAAAAUGUUCAACACAAAGCACACGACUGAUCCUCAACGCAUGAAAACUAGCAGCUGGAGCCCCUUAUUCAUGACACUUAUGACUAAGAUCAGAGCACAGGUAGAAAAAUGUCUUAUACGCGAUGCCGCACGAGCAGCUAGAACCAAUGCUUGGUUGAAGAUGGAUUUGGAGCUUCGACGGCAUAUUCAGGAACUUGCUUGUCUUGUCAUUUUACCAAAUGAUCCGCCUAAUAAAAGGCCAUCUAGACACUCGAAUUUCUUAAAGGAACCAAAGGAGCGUCAAGAGCAAAAAAUACCUACCAGUCGUACACCGCCGAAUAGGAACUUAGAUUUACGUAGAGUUAAGAUGGCUAUUUCUGAACACAAUGAUAGAACGCUCAAACAGACGCCGCUACUUCAAACUCGUAAAAUUAUGAACAAACCAAAAACUGACCCAUUAGAAAGGAAAUCGCAGAAUGAGAAGUUGACUAGUGAUACAAGUAGUAUAUCAAGGCCGAAAUCUUGGCCGAAUAAAAUGGAGGUAAAGUCAAGAUAUCUGGAACCGCGAAACCGGCCAACUUCAAAAGAGUCUGUUCCAACCAACCAAGAGAAAAAUUUAAGCCAGCAAAGAAGGAAAAUAAUGAUCUCAUCAUCAGAUUCGUCUCGAACCUCAAGUCCGGCUAUGAAGCGCGCUGCGGAAAAGAAGGGACUGAUGAAAAGCGUGAGCAAGGUACCAAUGAAAAAAGACGGUAAAGCUCUUUCCUCUGACAGCCUUACGGAAUCGGGCUCCCGCUUGAGUCUCAAGAAGGACAGUGCGAGUAAGAGUCUCGGUAUUACGAGGCCGGAAUCGCCUCAGCUAAAAGUCAAGGAAGCUAGCAUUGAACCUGGCCUAUCGAUUGACUCUUUGGCUGAUUCCAAAAAGAAACCUGUAGUUAAGAAACCUAAUAACAAAAUGGACACUUCAAUGUCCACGGAUAGUUUGAUGACUGACGUGACAGCUAUAACGACCCCUAAAUCUAUGGCCACCAAUAAAUCGUCCCCUGUUUUAGGCAAAACAGCUACUAAUUCUAGUAUUAAUCAGACACGAAAUUACGAAAGGUUGAAAAAGUCCUCUCCUCCCACGCAGCAGCGUAAUAUCAACAAUACAACAUCUUCGACGCGCAAGCCAGCUCGAUCACUGGAGAGUUCAACCGCUGCCAGUAGAAGUAGGGCUGCCGCAGUAGUCGAUACUUAUCGCGGCUCUUUGAAUCUGCGAAAGAGCCUCUUGGACGCAGCGAAGGCACCCGACAUUCCCAGUAGAGUCUACAACAGCGCGGCAAUGACCAGAACAAACUUGCGGCAGAGCAGCCAGUCGAUGAGGUCAUCGUUCGCCGGCUCCAAUAAGAAUGAGAAGAAAGACGAUGUCACCGGCAAUAAUCAGAGGUCUAACUCGAGUCCGGGUAGCAAGAGAUCGCCAAAGUCUAACAUCACCUCUAGACUGACCAAGUCAACUAUUGUAACUGCUAAGCAGAAACCAAACAAGAUCGAAGACAAGUCCUCCAAUAAGGCCAAAUCUCAGGCUGGUGAUGGUCCCAAGUUCCUUAACCAAAGUUCAAGGUCAGGUACUUUCCUGAAAGACGAGCCGACGAUAUUAAACAAGUCAGAUAUCGAGACAGCUGCCAUCGAUGUUUAAUCCAAUUGCUCGGUAAUAUUCAGUGCGCUAAUAAUGUAUUUGUACAUUGCAUUAGUGAUCCUCUAAUUAGAAUUCGAACAGUCUUGGAUGAGCCGUUGUCGAGCUCAUCAAGAUGCUCUCUGAUCAAGGAAUUAAAGCCACGCUGUUGUUAGGUGGCUGGCUGCUUGUAUGGUACAGCAUUUUUCAUAGGGAUUUCAUACGGAAUCAAAUUUUGAAAAAAGUGGAAGGACUUGUAAAUUUACCUCACAAAGGAAUUUAAAGCAGCUAUGGAAAUUCGUACUAAUAAUUAUAUGGCGAUAUCAAAGUUUUGUACACAAUUAUAUUUCAUUAGCUUUAAUUAUUUUUUUUUUAUUUCUAUUAAUUUAUUGUUUGGAAGAAAUUUUUAAAUUUCAAAGUCCUUAAAAGGUUUUCAAUUUGUUGGAACUGAACUUUCAAUGCUUCAUUAUGAUGUUUAACAUUGAGGUAUGAGUUUAUUAUUGAUUGUUGAUAAUGUAUUGAAGUAAUGGAUAAAAUGUUAAAGAGUGCUUUAAUCUAAACCUAUAUAUUAUAAUAUAUACCGAAUGAACUGUGGCUGUUAGAAAAAUUAUUAUACGAGGUAUAAUUUUUUAUAUAAGAGCAGAUUUGAAAUUUAUAAGAGAUGAAAGAUGGUCAUUAAUGCAAUCUAAAUAGAUACUUGACUAUUGUAAUACAUGAAACAUGUGCAUCUCAAUAUACCCCUCAAAGGUAGUUAUCACGUUGAGUAACUGGAGUCAGUUAUUCAAGGCAAUAUCUUUGAACCUGGAUGAACAUAUUUGUAAUCAACCAUAUCAAAUGUCUUGCUUUUAAACUUCGAGAUUCUAGGUAAGCCUGUGUUAGUAAGGCGAAAUUUACUUCCUUAGGACAGCCCAAUGUUGCCAUCCAAACAUCCGCAUAAAUCUAUUAAUCUGUCUCUUGUAAAAGUACUGUUAAUUCGAAUUUUUUUACUUAUUGUUAAUUUAGUUUAUUUUAUUUAUUUACAAAAUUUAUGUAUCUAUAUUUUACAAUGUACAUUUCUAUGCAAUAUUUAUAUCUAGUCAUCGCGAUACAUAUUUUAAAUAUUUACUUUUAUGUAAUGUUAAUAAAUAAUUCAGAACAGUGUUUAAAAAA